AUGCAGGUGAUGCAGAGGAGUUUCCCUGAGCUAAGGACUGGCGAAGAAGGACUGCACCGAGAUGAGCUGGAUAAAAGAUUAAAAUCGGUAAUGUACAUUGCGGGAUUUCCAAAUCUUUACUCGCCGGAAAAUCACUGUUCAAGAACCACUUCAAGGCCAAGUCAGACUUUGUGGAAGAGCCGAUCCCCGUGGAAGGCUUAG